AUGCCCGUGUUCUACUCACCGGUACCAGAGACUCUGCAGAUGGGCCUGACCUACACGGGGGGUUCUGUGUUCACCAACAACCGGACCGCAGACAGCGACUUCAGCAGGGAGCCAGAGGACGUCCCGGUGGUUAACGAGCUGGUGUCUCAUCUUCCUCUUCAAAUGCUGCUGUACUUCAACCUGUUUUACUUCCCCUGCUGGUGGAUCUCUGCUGUGUUCAUGCUGGAAACCAAGUUCUACCACCUAGCCGGGUAUUACCAGGCCCUGCUGAUCACCGGGCUGGUGCUGGUCACUAUCAUUGAAGUCAUCCGGCUCUAUCUGGGUUAUGUUGGCAACCUGGAAGAGAAGGUUCCAGCGCUGGCCGCCUUCUGGCUCCUGUCUUUCACCUUCCAGCUGCCGGUUUUGCUGUUCUUCAUGACCGAUGAAGGAACCAUCAUCCUUCCUCUGGAAAGAGCCAUUCACUCCGUCUACCUGCUCUUCCUGCUGGCUCAGAUUCUGACCUCCUUCAUGGCUCUGAGGACCAUGACCCAGAAGCUCACGCUGCUCUUCUAUCUGCGGCAGUUUGGCAGGGCGGAGAACCUGCACCGCAGGGCCAUGAGUCCCAUCCACAGGCUUCCAUAUCACCGCAGCGUGCUUCCCGUGUCCUCUUUGUCUACUCACAGCUUCCAUUAGUGCUAAAUGUGUCAUUUUGAUGCUCAAUUUGCUUGAUAAAUGAUUUUGUAUUUGUAUUUUAAUUUAUAAAUAAAUAAGUUGAGGAGAUGAGUGUCUAUCAGUUAUGCUCAAACGGC